GUCACCGCACCCUCCCAUAUCCAAGUCUUCGAAGACUCUGUCGAGAGGAAUAAGAGAGAAGCGAAGCGAUGCCUUGUAUUCCAGCGACCGAGUUUUGCACGGCGCACGAGGUGCCGGAGGCGGUGGCGAGGCACCACGAGCACGCGGUGGGGACGAACCAGUGCUGCUCGGCGGUGGUGCAGACGGUGACGGCGCCGGUGGCGGCGGUGCGCGUCGUCGUGGGGGACGGCGAAGUCGGCACCCUGCGGGAGGUGCGCGUCGUCUCCGGCCUGCCGGCGGCCACCAGCACGGAGCGCCUCGAGAUCCUUGACGACGAGCGCCACGUCGUCAAGCACUUCGUGAAGAGCUGCGACGUCGUCGUGGGGGACGGCGAAGUCGGCACCCUGCGGGAGGUGCGCGUCGUCUCCGGCCUGCCGGCGGCCACCAGCACGGAGCGCCUCGAGAUCCUUGACGACGAGCGCCACGUUCUCGGCUUCCGGGUGAGAACCAGUGCUGCGGUGGGGACGAACCAGUGCUGCUCGGCGGUGGUGCAGACGGUGACGGCGCCGGUGGCGGCGGUGUGGGCGGUGGUACGGCGCUUCGACAGGCCGCAGGCGUACAAGCACUUCGUGAAGAGCUGCGACGUCGUCGUGGGGGACGGCGAAGUCGGCACCCUGCGGGAGGUGCGCGUCGUCUCCGGCCUGCCGGCGGCCACCAGCACGGAGCGCCUCGAGAUCCUUGACGGCGAGCACCGCCUCGCCAACUACCGUUCCGUGACCACGCUCCACCCGGACGACGACGGAGGCGGACGCACGGUGGUGGUGGAAUCCUACGUGGUCGACGUGCCGCCGGGGAAUACGACGGAGGAGACGCGGGUGUUCGUCGACACCAUCGUCAAGUGCAACCUCCGGUCCCUGGCGAGGAUCGCCGGAAGCCUCCAAGUACGGCGCCGGAGGGCAACCCGUAAUUAAAUGGGAUCUCGCAUGACUUCUUUUAUUUUCGUUUUCUUAUCAGAUCAAACGAGAUGACAAGCAAGCUCUGGACAUCUUAUUCCGACUCAGAAAACUGCAGCCUCUUCUUGUCUUUUCAUUUGAUAUCUGCAUCAGGUUCCUGUCUUCCAUCUGUUCGUCUCCGCCCAUCAACUUGAGCUUUUUGCUUCUGUGGAGUACUGUUCCGAUUGUACUGACAAAUGGGGAUGGUGUGCCACUCGCUUUGCAAGUUGCAAGGUAGCUUGUAAUGAUCCCCACUGUAUCUUGUCUCACAGAAUUGAUGCCCCUUUGACUGACGAUUCCAAAUCA